AUGGCAGGAAAUUUGGAGGAUCGCGAAAUCUGGGAAGAUUCGGAGGAGGCGCUCGGUGAGGAGGUGCUCCGGAUGCCAACCGACGAGCUGGUUAAUCGUACCCGGCUGAUGGAUAACGAGAUCAAAAUAAUGAAAAGCGAAGUGGUCCGUAUCAAUCACGAGCUACAGACGCAGAAUGAGAAGAUUAAGGAUAAUACGGAGAAGAUAAAGGUGAACAAAACACUACCGUACCUGGUGUCGAACGUGAUCGAGCUGCUGGAUGUUGAUCCGCAGGAGGAGGAAGAUGACGGUGCGGUGGUGGUGCUGGAUUCGCAGCGGAAGGGCAAGUGUGCGGUUAUCAAAACGUCCACCCGUCAGACGUACUUUCUGCCGGUGAUUGGGCUGGUCGAUUCGGAGAAGUUGAAACCGGGUGACUUAGUAGGCGUGAACAAAGACUCGUAUCUGAUAUUGGAAACGUUACCGGCCGAGUAUGAUGCGCGCGUGAAAGCGAUGGAGGUGGACGAACGGCCGACGGAACAGUACUCAGACAUCGGUGGGCUGGACAAGCAGAUACAGGAGCUGAUCGAAGCGGUCGUCCUGCCGAUGACGCACAAGGACAAGUUCAAGAACCUCGGCAUCCAUCCGCCGAAGGGUGUGCUGCUGUACGGACCCCCCGGUACAGGGAAAACCCUACUGGCCCGUGCCUGUGCUGCCCAGACCAAAUCCACCUUUCUCAAGCUGGCCGGACCGCAGCUGGUACAGAUGUUCAUCGGUGACGGUGCGAAGCUGGUACGGGAUGCGUUUGCACUAGCGAAGGAAAAAUCACCCGCCAUCAUCUUCAUCGACGAGCUGGAUGCGAUCGGUACGAAGCGUUUCGACUCGGAGAAGGCUGGAGAUCGUGAGGUGCAGCGUACCAUGCUGGAGCUACUAAACCAGCUCGACGGGUUUAGUUCGACCGCCGACAUUAAGGUCAUCGCCGCCACAAACCGGGUGGAUAUACUCGAUCCCGCUCUGCUGCGUUCCGGGCGACUCGACCGAAAGAUUGAAUUUCCCCACCCGAACGAAGAAGCCCGGGCCCGCAUCAUGCAGAUUCAUUCCCGCAAGAUGAACGUCAGCCCGGACGUCAACUUUGAGGAGCUUGCCCGCUCGACGGACGACUUUAACGGAGCGCAGUGUAAGGCGGUGUGCGUGGAGGCCGGUAUGAUUGCGCUACGCCGUUCGGCUGUGUCCGUCAUUCACGAAGACUUCAUGGACGCGAUCAUGGAGGUGCAGUCGAAAAAGAAGGCCAAUCUGAAUUACUUUGCCUAA